AUGGGGCGUAAUUUCUUCCAAAUUCUGCCAUCGGAAUUAACGUCCAACAUCCUCUCACGCCUCCCAUUCCGAAGCGUUGCAAUCAGCAAAUGCGUUUGCAAAUCAUGGCUCAAUCUGCUCAAUUCCGACUACUUCGAAAUAAAAUUCCCGCCCACCCUAGUUACUUUAAAGUGGAAACCAUCUCGUUGCAAGAUUUUCGAAAUCGAAGACAAAGGCGAAGCCGAUUUGGAGAGCCACGAUCUUCACUAUGCUCCGCUCACAGAUUUCAAAACCCCUCUCGGAAUCACACCAAUGGAAUGCACAGCUGCUAAUGGACUGCUGCUUCUUCACCCACAAUAUUAUACUGAUAAUCGUGUUUACAUAUGCAAUCCUCUCACUUGUGAAUAUAUCAGGCUCGUCUGUCCAAUAAAUUACGCCUUACUCGAGGAUCCGCUUCCUUUUGAUUUUUGUGUGAGCAAAAUAAGUGGCAAGUAUAAGGUGGUUUAUGUGGCUCGGAAUAAUGAAUCCGACUAUUUUCAAGUAUACACCCUCGGGAAGUGGAGGCGUGUCCAAGCCCCAGUUCCUGACUUGAAAUUCUACUCAUAUGGGCACGCUGAAUGUAAUGGCAACCUCCAUUGGGUAGGAGAUGAUUUGGUUCAACCCUCCUUUCUGAUUUGUGUUUUUGAUGUUGAAACUGAAUGUUUUAGCUUCUUCUCUCCUCCUCCCGAUCUUCCUGGAGAUGAAGAGUUGUUGGUUUUUAAGGACUGCCUAUGUAUUUGUUAUCCACAAGACUACGAAAUCGUAAUCUAG